GAAUUUGAGGAAAUUUCACUAUAGGGAGAAUUUAGUUAUAGUGUGAAUUAUUCAAACCGAACUAUCAUAAUGAUGUAAACGAUCUGGAUCUUCAAUCUCCAGGAUCUACUUAAUCUCGAACAUGAGGGAUAUUUACACAGCUUCACCUGGGCUCCCUCAAGAUUUAUCAUGUCGUAAACAAUUUGUAUUAAAAAAUGAAUCCCAAAAAUUACCGGCUAUUCAGGAAGAUUCGGAGGCAUGUUUACCUCCAAUUGCUACAUUUAGCCAUCAUCGACAAAACCGUACUGGUCCUUGUUCCUCCUACGUUGGUAAGUCAGUGAAAUCGGUUGGCCGGAAGCAUCAAAAGCAACCAAGAUCUAGACAUGCUGAAAAUAAACUUUACUGCAAUUGGCCACAAUGUCCGCGAUUCCUUCUAAAACAGUCUUUUAAGCAAAUGACUCAUUUGAAACGUCAUUUACUUCUACAUAAAAAUCAUUUAAAUCUAUCGUGUUCACAGUGCGGAAAACGCUUUAGUUCAAAAGAAAAUCUUAAAAGGCAUACAAAUGUACAUUCAGGUUUAAAACCAUAUAUGUGUUCAAUAUGUCAUCAAGCGUACUCUAGAACAUCAGAAAGAUCCAGAUGUAUGAAGAAGCAUCAUUUUGAAGAUAAAUAUUUAUCUGAACAGGACAAACAAUGUUUGUAUAAAGAUGUUUAUAGUGAUUGGAAUUCUUCUGGUUUAUCUGCUUUACAAAUUGAAGAUAAAAUUAAUCAAUCUCGUCCAAGACCAUAUAUCUGUCAAAUAUGUAAUGAUCAUAGAGCAUAUACAGAUCCAAGUUCACUUAGAAAACAUAUGCGCUCUUAUCAUACAAACUUUAAAAAUGAAAAAUCUAUAACUAAUAAUGAUUCUAUCAAUGAAUCUGUUAUGUCUAAAUUAAAAUUAUCUAAAACUCUUACAUGUGAAGAACCUAUAAGUCUUGUGCUCGCUAAUUCAACCACUGAUAUAGACGCAGUUGAUUCAUCUAAUUUAUCAUUUGAUAAUUCACUCACUCCAGAAUCUAAAUCAUUAUUACUUACAAAUGAAUCAGUUUAUCCUAUGAUUAUUACUCCAUAUAAUGUUUUAACAACGUCUAUGACAUCAUCAGAAAUACCUGUUACUACAAAUCUUAUGGUUUCUUUUAAUAAAAGUAAUAAUAAUAAUGUUAUCACGGAAUCAAAUACUUCAACAAAUAUUGUUAAUACACCAAGGUAUCAUUUAUUAUUAAGGUCAGAUUCUGUUGUAUCUUCAACAAUGAUGACGGUGAUUUCAAUGACAUCAACUACUACUACUAGUACUGCUACUACUACACUAAGAAAUGAAUAUGAUAGUGAUGUUGCUGUGGAUUUAUGUAAUUCAGCUUUAUGCCUACAAGUUUAUUCCGAUAAAACAUAUACCUCUGUAUCUUCGUCAGAAUUAGGAAAAGUUGAUUCAUUAACGCUACCUUUAUCAACAGUGAAUUCAUCUAACAGCAUUAUACCACAAUAUAUUACAGAAACUAAUCGAAUUAUUGACAAUGGUCUUUCAUCUAAAAAUUUAUUUUAUUCAAAUUCUGGUCUUGAUCUUACUGAUACACAUUAUUUUACGUUGACAGGGGCUACCGAAGCAAUAGAUUUAUCAUUUGAUCCCUCUGUAGAUAUAAUAACUGUAAAUCCAAUUGAUUUAAGUUCUUCACAGCAUUGUACAACAUUGUUUUUUGAAUCGACAAAUGAAUGUACCGAUAAUACAUUCUUUACAACACAUACAAUAUGGGAUCCUGAACCAGGUUUCAGUUUUACAGACCUCUUACUUACUAAUAAUGAUGAAGAAUGCGAAACGGAAUUCCCUGAAGUUAUAAUUUAUCCUGAAAAUGCUAUUUAUCGUCCAAACGAAACGUCAACUUCUUUUACUACUACUAGCCACAGUGAUACCACUAACACGACUGUAAUCAGUAGUGAACUGAAAAUAUCAGAUACGCAUGUCUCAUCAAUGAAUAAUCAUUAUAUUCCAUCAGAUACACUAACGACGACAAUAGAAACAACCUUAACUAGAGGAGUCGGUGGAGAAGGAGGCUAUAACGUACAACCACCACCUUUAGACUUACGUUUAAUACAAUCCAAUAAUUUUUAUUCAUGAAAAUUAUCUUUUGUUUUGGAAGAAAAUGUACAUUAUCUCUUGUUAAUAUUGUUCAUAUUUGCAUAAACUCUAGUAUUUCUUUUUUUCUUCCCCAUUUUAUCUAUUCAUUUCACAACGUUUUGUCUUCAAAAAGUAGUCUAUUUAUAUGUCAUAUUGUAUAUAUGCUAACAGAUUCCUAGUAUUUUCUUUCCUGGUAUAAAUAUAUACUUUCUUCGGAAAGUCUGUUAAGUCUUUUUGGCACUUGAAUAGGAGUUUUGUAAUAAUUAUGUACGUAGAUAGAAUUGAUUGAAUGCUUCUUGUUCUAAAAUUUCUUUGAUAAUGUUUGUGUGUGUGUGACUUUCCUAUGUUACUACUUAUAAGUUUUAGUAUUCAGCUGUGAGUCACAUUUUGUUUUCGUGUGAACGUUGGUACUAUAAUUUAGCUGUCCAUGCUAAAGUAGAUGUAGGGAGGUUAGACUAUGUAACUCUAGUAUUUUGUUCACUCAGUCAACGCUCUACUGAUCGUUUGUGUGACCGAAUUGUUUCAUGACUGGACUGUAUCCCUGCAGUCAAUUUUAAGAUUGUAUAGUGAUAUUAUUCGUAAUUUUUGUAUACAAUCUAAUCUGACAGAUUAAUAUGCUAUUUAUUGCAUAAAGGUACAUGUGUUGAUUUAAAAAUAAAAAAAAACGUCUUAUACAUUACCUUAUUGUAGAGUAAUCAGAAUAUUUUACUGAUUGUUUUUAAAGAGUUAACUCCUGGUAGAUUGUACUAUUUAUAAGUUUGUACGUAAUCUAAGUGCAACACUUAAUUUAGUCAUUUAUGCGAGCGCACAAAAAUCUGGUUACACCAUUGCACCAAAGAAAUGUAAUGUGCCACAUAAAGUAAGAAUAACUUUGUGAGGAAAACGGAAGACUUUGGAAGAAAAGAGUUCAUAAACAAAACAAUUUAAAAGAGCAGUGUGUAAUAGGAUAGACAGUUUAGUUAAAAAUAUAAAUGAUACAAUUUAGAAUCCUUUCAUCUAAUGAAUUUCCACACACAAUUUUAAAGAAUGUAAAAUAGGAUUGCAAAAGCGUCGUAAUUGGUUUCUAUUUUGAGGCGUGUGUGGUAACGUCUCGAUUUACUGUGUUGCACUAUCUUCUGAACUGUGACCAUAAAGUCGUCUCGCAAUAUUUCCAUACCGUCUCUUGUUUUUGGGGAUCACUAUAAUUCAACGCAGAGAGCCGCUUAAUAUUUUCAAAUUGGAGAGUUCAGGUUUCGAGAGCACAGUGUAGAAUUGCUUUCACCGGUACGUUGUGAACCCGAACUUUUACAGCUAGACUAGCAUCAUGAAAGCACCGAAAAUAGGCUAGAUUUGUACAAGGCACUCUGACUUCCAUUAUUUGUAUACUGAUCUCAUUAGUCAGAUCACCAACACUCACGCACCUACACAAAUUCACGAACUUUUAGGCUUCUAACAGUAUAUUUCCAACAGUGACUACAGUUUCAGAUUACUGCUAGUCCUGAAAAGUACUUAACACCUCGAGGAUGCAAAGCACCUACUCAUACUGUGAUGAUAUAUAUAUAGGUACACAGAAAACAUAGACCGCUAAAUCUACCAGGAAUAAGUAGUGCUAGAUUCUUAAAGUCUUCACUUAGUUGUUCAAAAUCAUUUCUGAGGAAGGAAGAGAUAUCACCAGUUAACUGAUCUUCAACAGUAAGUAUGAAUGGCAUACUUUCAGUUUAACUGGAUAAACUAGUUAUCUGUUGGAUCAAAGUUUAACUUGAAACUGGAUUUCUGAUACAUCAUUUCUUCUUAACAAUAAGCUACUUGGAUACUAUUGUACUGACGGGUGUCUUAUAUUCAAAUUUAUUGAUAUAAGAUUGUAAUAAAAUGGUUGAUGUAAGAAAAUAAGAUUUUUAAAACGUUUGACCUCACUUUUGCAGUUGAUUUUGUGUACUUAACAUACUUAUAUGUAGUGAAGUUUUUGUUGUUUAAGUGUGUGACCUCUUGAAAACCCGAAUUUUAUUUAAUUACAUAUUAGGUUAUAGAUAUGAUUUAUGGCCUGUAAAUGAAACUGCACACAGAAUUAACUUGAUCAAGAUAACAUGACUAGAUCUAUUUUGAUUGCAUUAAUUAUUCUGCUUUUUUCUGUACUUUGUGAGCUUGUGUUAUAUUAAUCUAGUUAUUGAUUUGUAUAUUCUUUGAAGAAGUGACCUACACUAAAUUGCGAAAUGUCAUUAAUUCAAUUUCCGAUUAAUAGGGAUAUUAAAAACAUCUAUUAUUUUAUUGUCAUAAAUGGUACACUCAAUGUUCAAUUUAUCUAAAAAUAUGAAGUCAAUACUUGGUCAUAAACGAUAUGCACCAACUACAUCGAUGUUGUUAAGUCAAUUUAUUUGCACUUCUAUUUUUUUCCUGAAUGAUUUUUUUGUAAAACUAUCAAUAACUGAAUAAAUGUUUACUUUUGUG